GGACGAGCGGUGGCAGCUGGGCGAGUGACAGCCUCAGCUCCGCGCGCCGCGGCGGCCAGAGCCGGCGCAGGGGAAGCGCCCGCGGCCCCGGGCGGCAGCAGCAGCCGCCUCCUCGCGCGCCUCCCGGGCCCGCAUCCCGCGCUCCCGCGGCCCCGGGGCCGGCACCUCUCGGCUCCCGCUCCCCGCGCGCAAGAUGGCUGACCCGGCUGCGGGGCCGCCGCCGAGCGAGGGCGAGGAGAGCACCGUGCGCUUCGCCCGCAAAGGCGCCCUCCGGCAGAAGAACGUGCACGAGGUGAAGAACCACAAAUUCACCGCCCGCUUCUUCAAGCAGCCCACCUUCUGCAGCCACUGCACCGACUUCAUCUGGGGCUUCGGGAAGCAAGGAUUCCAGUGCCAAGUCUGCUGUUUUGUCGUGCACAAGCGGUGCCAUGAAUUUGUCACUUUCUCCUGCCCAGGCGCUGACAAAGGCCCAGCCUCUGAUGACCCCCGGAGCAAACACAAGUUUAAGAUCCACACAUACUCCAGCCCCACGUUUUGUGACCAUUGCGGGUCACUGCUGUAUGGACUCAUCCACCAGGGGAUGAAAUGUGACACCUGCAUGAUGAACGUGCACAAGCGCUGCGUGAUGAACGUCCCCAGCCUGUGCGGCACGGACCACACGGAGCGCCGCGGCCGCAUCUACAUCCAGGCGCACAUCGAGAGGGAAGUCCUCAUCGUCGUCGUAAGAGAUGCUAAAAACCUUGUACCUAUGGACCCCAAUGGCUUGUCAGACCCUUACGUGAAACUGAAACUGAUUCCCGACCCCAAGAGCGAGAGCAAGCAGAAGACCAAAACCAUCAAGUGCUCCCUCAACCCUGAGUGGAAUGAGACAUUCAGAUUCCAACUGAAAGAAUCGGACAAAGACAGAAGACUGUCGGUAGAGAUUUGGGAUUGGGAUCUGACCAGCAGGAACGACUUCAUGGGAUCUUUGUCGUUUGGGAUUUCCGAACUGCAGAAAGCCGGUGUUGAUGGCUGGUUUAAGUUGCUGAGCCAGGAGGAAGGAGAGUACUUCAACGUGCCCGUGCCGCCAGAGGGAAGUGAAGGGAAUGAAGAAUUACGGCAGAAAUUCGAGAGGGCCAAGAUCGGUCAGGGGACCAAGGCUCCAGAAGAAAAGACGACCAACACCAUAUCCAAACUUGACAACAAUGGGAACAGAGACCGAAUGAAACUAACCGACUUUAACUUCCUGAUGGUGCUUGGGAAAGGAAGCUUUGGCAAGGUCAUGCUCUCAGAGCGGAAAGGCACAGAUGAGCUCUAUGCUGUGAAGAUCCUGAAGAAGGAUGUGGUGAUCCAAGAUGACGAUGUGGAAUGCACGAUGGUGGAGAAGCGGGUGCUGGCCCUGCCCGGGAAGCCACCAUUCUUGACCCAGCUCCAUUCCUGCUUCCAGACCAUGGACCGCCUGUACUUUGUGAUGGAGUAUGUGAAUGGGGGUGACCUCAUGUACCACAUCCAGCAAGUUGGCCGGUUUAAGGAGCCUCAUGCUGUAUUUUACGCUGCAGAAAUUGCCAUCGGUCUGUUCUUCUUACAGAGCAAGGGCAUCAUUUACCGUGACCUCAAACUUGACAAUGUGAUGCUGGAUUCAGAGGGCCACAUCAAGAUUGCUGAUUUUGGCAUGUGUAAAGAGAACAUCUGGGAUGGGGUGACCACCAAGACAUUCUGUGGCACCCCAGACUACAUCGCCCCUGAGAUUAUUGCUUAUCAGCCCUAUGGGAAGUCUGUGGAUUGGUGGGCAUUUGGAGUCCUGCUAUAUGAAAUGUUGGCUGGGCAGGCACCCUUUGAAGGGGAGGAUGAGGACGAGCUCUUCCAGUCCAUCAUGGAACACAACGUGGCUUACCCAAAGUCCAUGUCCAAGGAAGCUGUGGCCAUCUGCAAAGGGCUGAUGACCAAACACCCAGGCAAACGUCUGGGUUGUGGACCUGAAGGUGAACGUGAUAUAAAAGAGCAUGCAUUUUUCCGGUAUAUUGAUUGGGAGAAACUUGAACGCAAAGAGAUUCAGCCCCCGUAUAAGCCAAAAGCCUGUGGGCGAAAUGCUGAAAACUUCGACCGGUUUUUCACCCGCCAUCCACCCGUCCUAACACCUCCCGACCAGGAAGUCAUCAGGAAUAUUGACCAAUCAGAAUUCGAAGGAUUUUCCUUUGUUAACUCUGAAUUUUUAAAACCUGAAGUCAAGAGCUAAGUAGAUGUGUAGACCUGCGUCCUUCAUUUCUGUCAUUCAAGCUCAACGGCUAUCGUGGUGACAUCUUUUCUUUCGUUGCAACGUUGCAUCCAUGUUUUAUUUGCUGACGAGACUAGAGUGACCAUGUUUCAGAACCCAAAUGUCCUCAGGUCGUUUGGAGCAUCUCUGUGAGAUGGGGAUUAUGCAGACGGCACGUCAAAAAUGCUGCCGCAUAAUUAGCACAUUAGUAAAGUCCUCUUACAGUCCAUGUUCACCAGCAUGUCAGCUCAGUAGAUCCAGUGGGGACAGAAAAUGCCUGCUUUCUCUCCCUUUUUUCCAGCGCUCCCAUUUCACACAUUUUCCCAACUCCAAGCAUCCAGUCCAGAUUGUUCCCACCAAGUGAGCGGAUAAUCGGAUGCUAGCAGUAUUCUCUCUCUCCCUGCCGGACCCAGAGCUUGGCUUGUAUCCAAGUAUAUGGUGGCUUUGACUUAGAGGGAAUCCCUCCAUUCUGCCUGGUUUGGAGGCACCAUGAGCUGCAUGCUAAAAAUAAAAUUUUAUUUGUUAUUUUUUUUUAGACUUGAAGUUAAGAAGAUUAUCUCAGCCCUUUAAAAUGCUGAGAGUGUGCUUUUAGACAGUCUCCAUCUAAAAGUACCUCAAGGGGUCAGUCAAAAGGCAGCCAGCUUGGGCGCCACCUCCAAUGCUGUGAUUUCUGAUACUCUGUGUCCCUGGUCACCUUCAUCCUCAAACUACUUGCAAAGGGCAUUUGGCACCACUCCCUGAAAAGACAUGGUCACUCUAGCAAGGUCCCAGAGGACCAUGGUUUUACAUUACAUUUCAAAUUUUAUUUGCUUUGGGGUUUUAUUUCUGUUGUUGUUCAAAUGCAAAAAGAAAAAAAAAACCCACUCUGUUACACAUGUUUUGAAAUACGUGUCCCAAUGUUAUUAACCACAAUGACCUGCUUGGAUUUGUCAAGACAGCGCUCUGGAGCCUCGCAGAUCCAUGCCUGGGUGGAUGGGGCUCGCGUAGGUUUGUGGCUGGCUUUGGAAAGUUAAAUGAGCACUCUGAGAAAGACCCCAUGUCCCGAAGCAUAGACAGUUGUAUUCUUCACUUUGAUGUUGUUUUGUAAGAUGUUUGUGGAAAUGUCCAUUUGUAUCUGGAUAUCUAUUCUGUGCCAUUUUUUUUCUAGCAUCGAGAUACAAUAAAAAAAAAAAAAAGAAAGAAAGAAGAAAUGCUAUUUCAAGAAAACGGCUCUUUGAAACAUGUGGACCCAAACUACAAAGCAGGGCUCCUGAGGCUUUGGGACAGAAAGGAACUAAAUCCAGUUUUUAACCUCAGCCCCAGGGUUCGGUUGGUCAGAGAGGCCGGGGCUGGGGACCAUUCAGGGAUUCCUGGCGGCCGGUAGUGGGAUGGGGUGAGCUGGCCGGGGCCUCCAACGAUAUCGGAGCUCAAAGCCAGGGUCAAGUUUAGGGGCCAGCUAGAAGCAUGGCUGGAGCUCUUGAUUUUCUUAUCAAAAUCACCACUCCUCCCAGCUUGGACUAAAUAUUCUUUCUUGCAAGCAGCUUUGUGAGCCCCCAGAAGCCAAGGAAACCUCUUGGGUGGGAGAAAUCCUGCUUCUGCCUGAGUGGAUGAGGAUGGCAGGGGGUUCCCCAGCCUGGCCUACUGCCUCCUUCUAUUGUCAGGCAGCCCUGCAGAGAAUUCUUAUCACAAGUUGCAUGAUUUCCAGAAGCACCAGGGCUUCCAAGAGACCAUCAGGAGAACUGUAAAAUCUUGACUAAUGUCAUUGACAUAAGACUUCUCAUCUUUAAGAAAAGUGUGCCGUGGAUUUCCACAUAGGCAGAGAGGCCCCUCGCUCACUCCUGCCUGCCCUCCGCUUCUCCUCACUACAGGACCUCAUGUGGGGCAAACCUGAAGUCUCAGCUGACGAGAGCUCAGGAAGUUAGAGGAGGGAAAUUGGGGCGGAACCCUCCUCCCCCAUUUUAUUGUUGGGGAAACUGGCAUCUGCAGAGUGACUUGCCCAAGGUCAGCCAGCUGAGGUGCACACCCAGGUUUCCGGACUCAGUGCAAGACGCUUUCUGCUCUAUAGCUGGUAUCUCUGAGCCAUGCCCACCAAU